CAGUUCAGCUUUUGUUUACUUUCAGCAUUCGCUAGCUUGUACGAAAAAAGCCGAAUGGAUAGGAGAAUUACGGCGGCGAAAUAAUUAAAACGCCGCCUUUAUAAUCACGCGGAGGGCAUUAAAAAUACCAGAGACGGAAAAUAAACAUUAUUUUUAAAAUUUUAACAAAAAAAAUUAACAAGUUUUAAUCGUCGUAAAACCGUUAUAACUAUACUCACGUAUUUGUGUUCGUAGUAAUAAAUUAAAAAUAAUAAUAAUAAUUAAUAUUUGAUUAAGAAGAAUAUUUCAGUUAAGAAUAAUGAUCAUUCAGGAAAACUCAAAAGCUAUAGCAGCGUGAUUUCCGUUGUAUCCUUUUUAGAGGUAGCGACACCCUAAUAAGAAGAAUAAGUUCCAAAAUUUUCACGUCAAAAUUUCAAAAACAUGAGCCGGCCAUCGAAAAUUAUAAGUUCGGCGUAAUAAAACUUCUUGCUCGGCACAUAGAUGUGAAACAGCUGAUUUACAUGUGAAACGUUUAUAGAAAAGAAAAAUAAAAGCAUUUUCGUGUGUGAAGUGAUUCGCGUUUUUAUUAAAUUGUGGACAUUAAUAAAUCAAAUAAAAUGCUGGGAAGUCGGCGAAACUUAAAAAGGGAAAUCCCAAAAAUGCAAAAUCGAGCAUUGAAGCACCUUAACUCAAAGGACGAACAGGUUCUACUCGAAGGUGAAAAACGAUGUGAAAAUUGUAAAAGGUUAGAGGACAAAAUUGAUCAAAAAUUCCAAGAACUAGCAGAUAGAACGAAUCAUCAAAAUACAAUUAUAAUGGAAGCUUUGGCAGAACAAAAUGUCCUAAUUAAUAGGCUUAUUUUCCAAGAUGAAGAAAACUUGAACGUGACAUCCACUUUCCCAAUAAAAAGCGAUAAUGAACUUAAAGAGCUAGACCAAAAAAUUGAUGAUUCUAACAUUAAAAACUAUGUAAAUAUAGUUAAGAAAAUUAUUUGUAAUAAUUUGCAGAAAAACAUUGACCUACUAUUGGAGCCUGAAUUUCUUUAUGAAUAUAAUAUUGACGGUAGUCAUGGAAAGAAACGAUUGAAAGAGUAUAAAAUGUUUGAAGUUAUGAAAGAUUGCGUUAUUUCGAUAUAUGGCGCAGAAGGUGCUGAAGAAAAAAUACGAAAAGCGAUUCAUUUAUCAAAGAAGCGGCAGUUAAAAAAGUUGCUUACGAAUAAAAGAAAUGCCACCAGCGAUGAUAAUAAAUAAUGAGUAUAAACUCUUUUAAAGUCCAUUGACGAAAUUCGAUGAAUUCUUAGUUUUAAAAUGAAGUUUUGUAUUAUUUUUCACAUAUUUUUCUUUAUAUUAAUGAUUCAAUGAUUUUCUAAACAGGAUACAAGAAAACUGAGUAA